AUGUCUGCUCAAUCUUACCCUCUUCUGUGCCUGGAGAACCCUCUCCUCGACAUCCAGGCUCGUGGCGAUGCUGCUCUUCUCGAGAAGUACGGUCUCAAGGCCAACGAUGCCAUCCUCGCCGAGGAACAGCACAUGGGUCUCUACGAGGAACUCAUGGCCAGGGAUGCUAAGCUGAUUCCUGGCGGUGCCGCCCAGAACACUGCCCGUGGUGCUCAGUACCUUCUUCCUGACAACUCCGUUGUCUACAUUGGCUGUGUCGGCAAGGACAAGUACGGUGACAUCUUGAAGAAGACCUGUGAGGAGGCUGGUGUCCACACCGAGUACCGUGUCGACGAGUCUCAGCCCACCGGCAAGUGCGGUGUCAUCAUCACCGGCCACGACCGCAGCAUGUGCACUCACCUCGCUGCUGCCAACGAGUACAAGCUCGAACACUUGAAGCAGCCCCACAUCUGGUCCCUUGUCGAGAAGGCCCAGUUCUUCUACGUUGGCGGUUUCCACCUGACUGUCUGCGUCCCCGCCAUCCUGGCUCUCGCCGAGGAGGCUGCCGCUAAGAACAAGGUCUUCAUGCUCAACCUCUCCGCUCCUUUCAUCCCCCAAUUCUUUAAGGACCAGCUUGACAGCGUCCUGCCCUACACCGACUACACCUGCUGCAACGAGACUGAGGCUCGUGCCUAUUCUGCCAGCCACGAGUGGGGCACCGAAGACGUUGUUGAGAUCGCUAAGAAGCUUGCUGCCCUCCCCAAGAAGAACACCCAGCGCCCCCGCACUGUCAUCGUCACCCAGGGUCUUGAGCCCACCGUUGUUGCCAUUGGCUCCAGCGAUAAUGUCGAGGUCCAACAAUUCCCCGUCCGCGAGCUCCCCAAGGAUGCCAUUAACGACACCAACGGUGCCGGUGAUGCCUUCGCCGGUGGCUUCUGUGCCGGUCUUGUCCAGGGCAAGCCCCUUGCGGACUGCGUCGACAUGGGUCAGUGGUUGGCCAGCAAGAGCAUUCAGGAGCUCGGACCUUCCUACCCCUACCCCAAGCAGGCCUACUCCCGCUCUUAA